UAGUGAAUAAAUAGCGCUCGAGAGUGAGAGAGGGAGAACGAGCAAUGGAGUCAGAGCAGACGACGAUGGAUGUCUUAAGAGCGGAGAUCCCUGUCAAUGAGGAAGAAGAUUUCUUUCCCGCAGCAGAGAGGGAUUUUGGGAGGAUCGUGGGCCUCGUUCUCAUCGACAUCGUCAAUGGCUUCUGCACCGUCGGAGCCGGCAACCUCGCUCCACCUGAACCUAAUAAACAAAUAUCCACUAUGGUGGAAGAAGCAUCAAGGUUGGCCAAGGCAUUCUGUGAUAGGAAUUGGCCUGUAUUUGCUUUUCUGGACACUCAUUACGCAGAUAAACCUGAGCCUCCAUACCUUCCUCAUUGUAUAAUUGGUUCCGGAGAAGAACAUCUUGUGCCAGCUCUUCAGUGGUUAGAGAAGGAUGCAAAUGCAACAAUAAAGCGUAAACAUUGCAUAGAUGGAUUCAUUUCCUCGAUGGAGAAGGAUGGUUCUAAUCUAUUUGUCGACUGGGUGAAAUCAAAAGACAUCAAAGUUGUUUUGGUCCUCGGGAUAUGCACGGAUGUUUGUGUUUUGGACUUCACAUGCUCUAUUUUAUCAGCUCGAAAUAUUGGUAGGAUUCCCCCGCUGGAAGAUGUAGUGGUUCAUUCACAGGGUUGUGCUACCUUUGAUCUGCCCAUUCAUGUUGCUAGAUGUAUCAAAGGGGCCUUGGCUCAUCCCCAGAAAUUGCUUCACCAUAUGGGACUUUACAUGGCCAAGGGAAGGGGAGCCAGGAUUGUGAGCAGAGUAUCCAUGGAGUAAUGAAUAAGAGUAUAAUUUCUCCCAUGUUCAGCUUCUUUUGUCUAUAAUAAGUUGGCUCUUCUCCAUAUUUGUAUAAAGAGUUAUAUUUUCUUCCUCGGUUGGUUGUAAUUUUGGACAAAUGAUUUCAAAUCAAUUAUAUUUGCUUUUAGAUAAUCGCUAUAUAAAUUU